AUGGUGACUAACUGUAUGCGGCAGAUUCGUCGACCCCACAUCAAACCAUGGACCUAUGACGCAGUCGCAAUCGAAAGACCCAACACGCCCCUCAAAAAAAAAUUGACGCGGGCGUCUUCCACGCAGCAAGCAAAUAUGGACGCAAUGAUCGCUAAAGCGCCAGCUGACCCUGAGACUGUAACCGAAGAUGUCGAGCAUCUGAGUAUAUCGCCAUUCGGUCCUGCGAGAACGUCCAUCACCGAGCAUCCACUUAGCGAUGAUGAAGUUCGCAAGAUGACCGACUACUUUCAUGCGUCUUUGUACAUGUGCUUGGGCAUGAUAUAUCUGAGAAGGAAUCCUUUACUCCGCGAUCCACUUACGCUCGAACACCUUAAGCGACGAUUACUGGGGCAUUGGGGGUCGGAUGCUGGACAGAGUUUCACGUACAUUCACAUGAAUCGAUUGAUCAAAAAGUACGACAUCAAUGCUCUCUUCAUUUCUGGACCCGGCCAUGGUGCGCCCGCUGUCCUUUCCAACAGUUUCUUAGAGGGAGUAUACUCGGAGGUCUAUCCUGACAAGAGCGAGGAUGAGGAAGGAAUGAGACGCUUUUUCAAGUCUUUCUCGUUUCCCGGCGGUAUUGGAUCACACGCGACGCCAGAAACACCUGGUAGCCUACACGAGGGUGGUGAACUGGGAUACUCAAUUUCUCACGCCUUUGGUACCGUCUUCGACCAUCCUGACCUGAUUGCCUUGACAAUGGUUGGAGAUGGUGAGUCUGAAACUGGCCCACUAGCCACCAGUUGGCACUCCACCAAAUUUCUCAACCCCAUCACCGAUGGCGCUGUACUACCAGUAUUGCACCUCAAUGGUUACAAGAUCAACAACCCCAGUGUGCUUGCACGCAUCAGUCAUAAAGAGCUCGAAGCCCUCUUCCUUGGUUACGGAUGGACUCCCUACUUUGUCGAAGGAAGCGAUCUUCCGUCUAUGCACCAAGCAAUGGCUGCUACGAUGGAACGUUGUAUCAUCAAGAUUCGCGAAUAUCAGAAACAAGCUAGGGACUCUGGUAAGGCGUUCAGACCUCGAUGGCCUAUGAUUGUGCUUCGAACACCCAAGGGUUGGACGGGCCCCCGAAAGGUCGGUGAUCAUUACUCGGAGGGCUUCUGGCGCGCUCAUCAAGUGCCUUUGACAAACGUCCUCAAGGACAAGGCACAGCUUAGGCUGCUUGAGGAGUGGAUGCGUAGCUAUGAGCCCGAGAAGCACUUUGACGAGUCCGGCAAGCUCAUUCCCGAGCUCAGAGAGUUGGCCCCGACAGGCAACAGGAGAAUGAGUGCCAAUCCAGUUGCCAAUGGCGGUACCCUCAGACACAAACUCCACAUGCCCGACUUCCGCGACUACAAGGUCGACGUACCGAAGGGUGGCGUUGCUAAGAUGGGCAGUAUGGAUAACUUUGCGGGUUUCCUUCGAGAUAUCAUCAAGAAGAACCCAGAACAAUUCCGUCUCUUUGGCCCCGACGAGACAGAGUCCAACAAGCUUGGCAAGGUCUACGAGGCUAGUAAGAAGGUCUGGCUCGGCGAGUACUUUGAAGAGGACGAAGAUGGUGGUAACCUCGCCUUUGAGGGACGCGUCAUGGAGAUUCUUUCAGAGCACACUGUUGAGGGCUGGCUCGAAGGUUACAUUCUGUCAGGACGACACGGUCUUCUCAACAGCUAUGAGCCGUUCAUUCACAUCAUCGAUUCCAUGGUCAACCAGCAUUGCAAGUGGAUAGAGAAGUGUCUCGAAGUUGAAUGGAGGAAGAAGAUUGCUUCACUCAACAUCCUUCUUACCUCCACAGUAUGGCGCCAAGACCACAAUGGUUUCACCCAUCAAGAUCCUGGCUUCCUUAAUGUUCUGUGCGAUAAGAGUCCCGAAGUCGUCCGAAUCUACCUGCCGCCGGAUGCUAAUUGUCUCCUCUCCACAAUGGAUCACUGCCUUCGCAGCUCAAACUAUGUAAACGUCAUCGUGGCAGACAAGCAAGAACAUCUUCAAUUCCUAGAUAUGGAGCAAGCAAUUGCUCACUGCGCCAAAGGUGUGGGCAUCUGGGAUUGGGCUAGCAACGACGCCGGCGAGGAGCCCGACAUUGUGAUGGCCUCCUGUGGCGAUGUCUCGACGCACGAAUCCCUGGCCGCAACCGCACUCCUUCGCACCCACCUCCCCGAACUCAAGAUCCGCUUCGUCAACGUGGUAGACCUCUUCAAACUCAUCGACCCUGCACAACAUCCCCACGGCCUACAGCCACACGAGUACAAAGCCAUCUUCACCGACAAUGUGCCUUGCAUUUUCAACUUCCACUCAUACCCCUGGCUCGUUCACCGUCUCACCUUUGGACGCAAAGGCCAGCAGAACCUGAUUGUUCGCGGGUACAGGGAGAAGGGCAACAUUGACACUCCCUUGGAGCUUGCGAUCCGCAAUGGCACGGACCGAUAUAGCUUGGCUAUCGAUGCGAUUGAUAACAUUUCACGACUGAAGAACAAGGGUGCGGCUACGAGGGAGAAGCUGCUCAAUGAGCGCAUCGAGGCGAAGAAUUACGCGUUUUAUGAGGGUAUUGAUCCCAAGGUCACGGAGGACUGGGUCUGGCCGUUUUAG